CACGGGAGACGCGCUUGUUUCCUGCCGUUUCCAUAGCGAUAGCGGCGCGCCAGAGACAUUUAUAUUAUAAUUUUUUUCAGCGUGAGAAAUACAAUGUGUGGCGGGAGUGCGUGACAAAAAACCGUGACUUUCAGGCUCAAUCCGUGAGACUUGAGAGCCCAAAGUGUAAAAAUGUGGGAAACUCAGAGCGAGGCGCGUCACGUGGCUUAAAACCGGAAACAUUUGAAAGAGUUAAAGGAAAAACGAAGCGCGUUGGUUUUGUCCCCGUGCGCUCUCCGUAGUAACGGCUGGUUCGUGACGUCACGAGGAACUCUGGUCUCUGAUUGGUGGAUUGUGAGUUUAAAUUGUUUAAAUUCAUGCCGGAGCUGCGGAUAAAAACAGAGUGAGUCCGAGGGGAAGAGGAGAGACUGCAGCAGUACAUUCCAGUAUCAGCGUGUCGUUCCUGACGUGUCAAGUAUAAGAGUGAUGCGGCGUGACACGUCCUCACGCAGACGGAAGCAGGUGACUCCACAGCGCAGGGCUCCCUCACGCACACGCAGACACAGCGGACCCUCAGAGGCAUCACCAAGGAGGAAACGGAGAUUUCGCCCAGGGAUGAGGGCGCUCAUGGAGAUUCGAAAGUUCCAGAAGACGACAAACCUGCUGCUGCGUAAAGCACCGUUUUCACGUCUGGUGAAGGAGGUGUGUCAGAUUUUCAGCAGGGAGAAUCUGCGGUGGCAGGCCUACGCUCUCUUGGCCCUACAGGAGGCUGCCGAGGCCUUCCUCGUCCGGCUCUUCUCUGACGCGAACCUGUGUGCAAUUCAUGCGAAGCGCGUGACUCUGUUCCCCAAAGACAUCCAGUUGGCUCGGCGAAUCCGAGGAGUGGAGAACAUGUGACCUGCCUGACUUCCUGUUUGUGUGUGUGAGAGAGAGAGUGAGAUGUACACAGUUUUCCCCACAUGUAAUGAAAUGAUGAUAAAUUUAAACAUAUAUUUUAUAAUAAUUUACACUUUUUUUUUUUUUUUUUUAAUGAAGCACGUUUUAUUCUAAAAUGAUUCCCAAUGGGGCGGCACGGUGGUGUAGUGGUUAGCGCUGUCGCCUCACAGCAAGAAGGUCCGGGUUCGAGCCCCGUGGCUGGCGAGGGCCUUUCUGUGCGGAGUUUGCAUGUUCUCCCCGUGUCCGCGUGGGUUUCCUCCGGGUGCUCCGGUUUCCCCCACAGUCCAAAGACAUGCAGGUUAGGUUAACUGGUGACUCUAAAUUGAGCGUAGGUGUGAAUGUGAGUGUGAAUGGUUGUCUGUGUCUGUGUCAGCCCUGUGAUGACCUGGUGACUUGUCCAGGGUGUACCCCGCCUUUCGCCCGUAAUCAGCUGGGAUAGGCUCCAGCUUGCCUGCGACCCUGUAGAACAGGAUAAAGCGGCUAGAGAUAAUGAGAGGAGAGAAUUCCCAAUGAUUAAUUUAACCUGUAAUUGUGUGUUUGUUUGUUGUUGUUUUUUUUUAAAUUCCUGCUCCAGAUCCUGAGCUGUGAUCAGACUGAUGGAGUUUAUUAUAAUGUGGAACUGUAGCAGAUUUACAGCAGCACUCAGCUUCUGUAUGGAAUAAAUACGUCUUAUUUUCACCUAAAACAGUAAAUUACUUCUGUCCUUCCAUCUCUCGUUAAAAUAAUCUGUAAAUGAGGCGGUGGGUUAUGGCGUCCUCCUGAUCACAGACUGGCUGCUGUAACUGUGCAGUUGUGUUUUCCUGUGUGGUGAUGAUGUGGGUUUAGAUGUUUAAUAAGGACCUCUGAGGACAUGGCCCCUCCCCAGGCUCCUCCUCCUCCUGCACACUCAGGAGUGGGGAGGGGUUGAGACACGCCCACAGUAACAGUGCUGUGUGUUGAAUGUGUUAUUAUCUCAUAAAACCGUGUGUGCGUUUUUCACACACCAACCCGUGUUUGAUUAUUAACCUGAAAUGUUGUUAUAUAAACGCGUCUCUUCUGAUUUUAUCCCCCUUUUCUGUCCAGUCUGAUCUCUUAAUUUUUUUUUGUAUGAAGUGAUUUAUUUGUUUUUUUUAAUUUGUACAUAAUGAUGUUUUUACUGUUUAAUAAAAAGUUUUGUAAGAGUG